AAGCAUAGAGUGCUUCCGGUGGAGCUGGGAGGAAGGAGGUUACACCGGAAGGGGUUGCGCUUUGUUAGCCGAGGAGGACGAAGCGAGGAACUUGGGAGAAUUCAAGGCUGAAACCUUGCCAUAACCCACCUUAGCAUGUAUUUGAAAACGCUGCUUCAUAAAGUUGCCUGAUUUUGGCUGCCAGCCCACAGGGUCACAAGAAAAAUGCCUGAUCGCGACAAUACCUAUAAUGGUAGCGGCAGCGAUGAGGCAAGCACCAACUCUGAUGACAUCUGCCGAGAUUUUUUACGCAACGUCUGCAAGCGGGGCAAGCGCUGCCGUUUCCGCCACCCCGACAUCAACGAGGUGACCAACCUGGGAGUUAGCAAGAAUGAGUUCAUCUUCUGCCACGACUUUCAGAACAAAGAGUGCGUCCGCAUCAACUGUCGCUUCAUUCACGGCACCAAGGAAGAUGAGGACUGCUACAAGAAGACUGGAGAGCUCCCCCCACGCCUCCGCCAGAAAGUGGCGGCUGGGCUGGGCCUUUCCCCGGCCGAUCUUCCCAACAGCAAGGAGGAAGUACCCAUUUGCAGGGAUUUUCUGAAGGGGGAUUGCCAGCGUGGAGCCAAAUGCAAAUUCCAGCACCUGCAGCGGGAUUUUGAGUAUGAUGCCCGGGGGCUGACCACUCGGGAGCAGGGCAUUACCACGCCUGUGCGGCGCUAUGACCCUUACGAUCCCAUGUAUGAUUCUGACCGAUGUUAUGAUGACCAUGACCCUGUGCUCAAGAGACGGAGGGUAGACGGGCUCCACUUUGAGACUUAUGAGUACAACUUUACCAGUCCGCGCACAGUGGAAUACCGGCUCCUGGAAGAGGAGAACAUCAUGCUCCGCAAACGUGUAGAAGACCUCAAGAAGCAAGUCAACAACCUCCUGGCCACCAACGAAGUCCUCUUGGAACAGAACGCCCAGUUCCGCAACCAAGCCAAGGUGAUGACGCUCAGUUCCACAGCCACGCCCACGGAACAGACUCUGGCGCCCACCGUUGGCACAGUCACCAACUACAAUCACAGCAUUGCUCAGACUCACACCACCUUGAGCAGCCAAGCUCUACAGCCACGGCCUGUUUCACAACAGGAUUUGGUGGCUCCUGCUGGUGCACAGCCAGCACCACCCAGCAACGCAGCGCCCCCGAUGAACCCUGAAAUCACUCCACUGUCAGCAGCUCUGGCUCAGACCAUUGCCCAGGGGAUGGCUCCACCAGUCUCCAUGGCACCCGUGGCUGUGUCAGUGGCACCUGUGGCCGUGUCAAUGGCUCAGCCACUGGGGGGCAUAACUAUGAGCCAUGCCACUACACCCAUGGUGACAUACCCCAUAGCCUCACAGAGCAUGAGGAUAACAGCUAUGCCUCACUAGUCCCCUUCCUGAGGGAAGUGACCUCAUUCAGUAUAUGCUGCCCUUAGGUUGUGGGGGGAAAGCACUGCUAGGAUCCAUUCCUAUCCUGUUGAAGGUGUACCAUGGGAGAAAGAGGCUGGCUUCAGGUGGAUCUGAAGCCCACUGGAACUCUCAUCUCUACACACAGGGAAGGACGCUAGCUUGGGUGGCCAUUGCCUCUAGCAGCACAUCAGACUUCCCCCUCUCUCACACACAGUGACUGGGCUCAGGGAUGACUGGACUAACAAAGCAAUUUAGAGGGUGUAGUAAUUGGUAGCCUUUGUCUCUACCUUGUAUCUGUUUUUGCAGCUCUUCGAUUCUCAUGAAAUCACCAAGUCUCUUUUGCAGUUUUGUAACUUAGUUUAUUAUCUCUCUGGUGGAAGCAUUGCACUCCCCUGCAAAUAGAUAUGCACAGUCCAUCCUGUGCUGGCCCAGAGGGAAGAUGUGGGUAGGCUUUCCCCUUGCUCGGUCAGAUGUAGAGAAGAAAAAGGGCUGAAAGGCUGCUUGUUCCCCAGAGAGCGGAGACUAGGGUAGCCUGCAGCUUUGGGCAGCUUUAAGGCAAGGAUCCAGGCUCCUUGGUGUAAUUUUUUUGAGUUCUGUUACAACAAACAGAGAAAUUAGAAUGGGUGGCAGCAGAGAGAGGUAAAUCCAGGCAUUUCUUCUGGCUUGAUUGGGCCCUGAGUCUAGAAAUUGCAAUCAUGACCUUAGAAAGGACAGGUUAAAUAUUCUCUUUUAUUGAAAUAAGCCAGCUUGAGAUGGUUGUGGGCACAACAGAGAUGGCACGUUUUGUAUUAAAAAUUUGGUUUCUCAGUAUUCAGAAUGAAGUGGCAGGAUAUCUCCAGGCCAAACCAAGGAUGAGCAGCUUUAUUUCCCAUUGACAUCUGCAGGAGUAAUUAUGUGCCUUGUCUGCCCCUCUCUUGGGCUUUCCAUGAAGGUUUCUGCUGCUUCCUGCCUGUAGUUCCUGUCUGAAUUGCUCUGUUGCUUUUUUUUUGGGGGGGGGGGGGGAGGUAGGGGCUUCCCUGCAGUAUGUCACUCCUUGCUCUGCCAUUUUUUAAAAAAAAGAGAUACCUCUGUCAGUGUUGUGCUUUUCGUUGUUGGUGUGAAUUUCAAGCUCAUCCUUGGGUCUAAAAGUAACUUUUUUGCAUCUUUCGUGUUCUCUCUGGAUUGGUUUUUAUGAAGGUGUUUUAAAGGAAAAUGCUUCACGACCCAGCAGUUUCUACAGUUCAGUGUAAACGUUUUCAACAAUUAAAGCAAAUGUACAGUCCUCAUUCAUAUGAGCAGUGUUGAUAGAACUGUUCAAACUGUGUGUGUGUAUAUAUAUAAAAUGUGUAUAUUUUGAAAAGA